GGACUUCACACCUGGGUCUCCGGCCCAGCCCGCUGAAGGCCCGUUUCAUCACGCAGCUGUAAUGACUCUCCAGGCUGUCACUCUCGUCCGGUGUUGUCAACAAUCUGACUAAAUCCUUUUGCAAAAGUUUGCAGCAUUCGUGCGGGGCUGACUACAGCUCCCAGAGUUCCCGGGCACUUCCCGGCGUGGAUUGGCCGAGCCGCUGGCUCCUGAGGAGGGUGUCGCCCCGCCUCCCUAGGAAACAGGCAUCUGAUUGGCUGCGGCGUGGGGCUUUUGUGUCCCGCCCUCCCCCGGGGACCGCAGCGGGCUGGAGGCGCUGCUGGUGUCAGAGCCCUGCGAAAGCUGGCAGUUCCGCGGCGGGGAUGCCGAGCAGCGCGGUGUCCACCCGCAGCCCCUGCCACUGAGGACUUCAGAGGCGCCCCAGGCCGUGAAGACCCGCGCGCCGCGGCCAACCCCCGGCUUCCGAGUCCAUUCGCCGCUCCAGAAGCCCGGCGCGAGGAGAGUCCGGCGAGGCAGCGGCCGUUCCUGGACUCUGGGCUUUGGGAGCGUCUGGAGCCCUGAGAGACACCCCGGGUUCUAGAACCUCCCCAGCGGCCCCCGGUCCGGCUUCCUGCGGGCGUCCGGCCACAAACCCCUCCGGUGCCCGGGUCGGCGGCCAGCCGCGCCUGGGUCCUGGCGCACACCAUGAUCGUUGCGGACUCUGAAUGCCGCACGGAGCUGAAGGGCUACCUGCCGUUCUCCCGGGGCGACGGCGGCGGCGGCAGCAGCAGCCCCGGGGCCGGAGAGGAGCAGAGGAUGAGGUGGGCUCGGGGAGGCCCUCGAGGACCCAGCGCCUUCAUCCCAGUGGAUGAGGUCCUACGGGAGGGAGCUGAGAGCCUCGAGCAGAACCUGGGGCUGGAGGCACUGAUGUCCUGUGGGCGUGUGGACAACCUGGCAGUGGUGAUGGGCCUGCACCCCGACUACCUUAGCAGAUUCUGGCGCCUGCACUACCUACUGCUGCACACAGAUGGGCCCCUGGCCAGCUCCUGGCGCCACUACAUUGCCAUCAUGGCUGCUGCCCGCCACCAGUGUUCCUACCUGGUGGGCUCCCACAUGGCCGAGUUUCUGCAGACUGGCGGUGACCCUGACUGGCUGCUUGGCCUCCACCGUGCCCCUAAGAAGCUGCGUAAGCUUAAUGAGAUCAACAAGUUGCUGGCACAUCGCCCAUGGCUCAUCACCAAGGAGCAUAUCCAGGGCUUCGAGGCUGCCCGAGACGUGGAGGCUUUGAUGGAACGCAUGAGGCAGCUGCAGGAGAACCUAUUGCGGGAUGAGGGAGCGUCUCAGGAAGAGAUGGAGAGCCGCUUUGAGCUGGAGAAGUCGGAGAGCUUGCUGGUGACCCCCUCGGCUGACAUUCUGGAGUCCUCUCCACACCCAGACAUGCUGUGCUUUGUAGAAGACCCCACUUUCGGAUAUGAGGACUUCACCCGGCGAGGGACGCAGGCGCCCCCUACCUUCCGUGCCCAGGAUUAUACCUGGGAAGACCAUGGCUACUCCCUGAUCCAGAGGCUUUACCCGGAGGGUGGGCAGCUGCUCGAUGAGAAGUUCCAGGCAGCCUACAGCCUCACCUACAACACCAUGGCCAUGCACAGCGGAGUGGACACCUCCAUGCUCCGCAGGGCCAUCUGGAACUACAUCCACUGCGUCUUUGGCAUCAGGUAUGAUGACUAUGACUAUGGGGAGGUGAACCAGCUCCUGGAGCGGAACCUCAAGGUCUAUAUCAAGACAGUGGCCUGCUACCCAGAGAAGACCACCCAGAGAAUGUACAGACUCUUCUGGAGGCACUUCCGACACUCAGAGAAGGUCCACGUGAACUUGCUGCUCCUGGAGGCCCGCAUGCAAGCUGCCCUGCUCUAUGCCCUCCGUGCCAUCACCCGCUACAUGACCUGACUCCCACACAGGACCCGGGCCCGGAGCAGCUAACUCUCGGGGCAUCCUCUCUGCAGGAACUUUUCUGUCUGGAGACAGACCCAAUCCCUUUCUGUCCCACGCCCACCCACCACACUCAGGGGGUGGGCUUUUGUGUGAGGUGCAGCCCCCAAGCCACACCCUACAUUUUCUCACUGGAAUGGACAGGAUCUCUGGGAUCUCAGCUUUGGCCCUGGGAGCUGGAAGAGGACUAGCAGAUCCCCAGGGGCCAUGCCCUCUUCCUGCCCCUGAACCCAGAGUCAGAAGGCACAGGAAGUAAAAUGGGCUGAGUUCGGAUUUAUGUACCUCCAGGUGGGGCCCACCACAAGUACUGUGGCCUUCCUGGACUAGGAAGGUCCCCGGCUGGCCCCUGAGGGAGAGGGGCAAACACCUGCAGGGACUGACACUCCAAGCAGCUUUCCUUUUCCUCCAUCAUUCCCAUUUCAUUACCUCUCACCUGCCAUUAACCCAUCAAUGUGAAAGUCGGGGUCACAGCUGGUCUGUGCAUCCGGCUCCCCCAAAACCUGUUCAGUUGGGCAGCCUGAAGGCCCUUUGUUUCCUGAUUGCCCCAAUCCUAUUUCAUUUCCUUUGACCUCCUCUGACCUCCCCCCCUUUUCUCCCACACCUGGUGGUGUGAGGCCCCAGAAGAGAGACCAAGCACAUCAAAAAAGUAGAUGAUCUCUAGAGAGUUUGAGUAGCUUUGUGGGUCACUUUGCCUUUUGAAGUGUAGGGAGUACUAGAUUAUAAAUUCUCUGUAUUUUGGUCCUUUAUGGAUAAAGUCCAAACCUCUCCAGGGCCUCACCUUUAGAGCCACAGUCAAUGGCUGUGAGGAGGAGGACGGGGCAAUCUUCUCCCCAGAUCUUGCGCCUCUCCUGUCUCCUGAGCUCUGCUGCAGAUAUUUGCCAAAAACUUGAGCCUUUCUAGGUGGCACAUGGCCCAGUGGGAGAGAUGGGAGACCCCAGGGUUGUUUGGGCCCUGCCACUGGCUGGGUGACCAUGGCUAUGUUGCCAAACCUCCUUAACCCUGAUUUCCUGGGUUUCAGACUAAAGGGAGGGGAUACUUUUCAUGCCUGAGUCUUCACUCUGGGUGUCUCAGGCCAACCUGCCAGCAGUGAACUGCAAAUCGUGCAGGAUUUUGAAGGCCUCCGGGGACUCCCACUCUUUCAGUCAGUCUCCUGGCUGCCUUCCAAGGACCACCCAGAUUCUGUCCCCUCUCCUCAGUUUUAGGUGGAUCACUUGGAGGCAGAAGCAGCCAAGGACUGACCCCAGGCACUUUCUAUAGCAAACAAGCUGUGAAUUACGACUUCCCUUGCCCUUCUUCCGGCAGUGCCUCCUCUCUGACCAGUUUGGAGGUGACUGAAGAAAGGCAAGGGCCAAGAUGCUGCUUGCUUCUGACCCUCCUCCCUGGGGUGGGGCAGGAAAGGAGCCUGGUCAGUGUGCCACAUUUCAUACCCAUGCAGGCAUGGGGAAGCGACUGGCACCCUCAGACCUCAUAGCCCUCCCUGCAGUGAAGCUGGGCAGGAGGGAAGAGGCCCCAGCCUGGGUUUAGAGUCGAGAGAGGACAUGAUGACUCUGUAAAUGUUGUGUGGGUGGAUAGGGAGAGGUAUUCAGUGUUCAAGUGCACAAGUCUUUGGCUUUGUUACCAGUUCUGUAUAAUGAGAAAUAAAAGUUCACCGAGGUUUUGUUUUGUA